ACGCAAGCCGUCCGUCCGUCGCUGUGACGCAGGCGUACAUAACCCCAUAAUUAAAAAAUCACACAAGGAAAAAGUUCACAUGUAAACGCCUGUGGUGCCUUUAGAAAUGUGUGCUUUAAAAUGGGCGUUGACAUUCUUUGGCGCGUGUCAUGUGAGCGUGGCGAGUGGAGCAGGUACGGGUAGUUCACGCGCUACCGGCUUCGGGUGCGAGAGCCGCCGUCAUGAACCCGCGAGGUUGAGAGAUGUUUGGACGCUGAGGGCGUUUGUAAAUGAUAAAAACGGUUUCUUCCGCGGAUCUCAGCACAGUUUCUCAGAGCAUCAUGUCUUUGGAGAGCGCAUCAGGUUCGCUUCUGGCGGUGACGGUCCUUUUGGUUCUGGUUGUGGUUCUGUUCUCGUGUGUUAUCCGUAAGAGGCAGAUGGAAGGGAGCUACCAGCCCAGUGCCGAGGAGCAAAAACAAGCCAAAAACCACGGCCCGGAGAAACCCAGACUUGCCAUCCCUCUGCCCAAAGAGGAAAGACUGAUAUGAGCACAGAAACGAUGCUAAUGUGAGAUCAUGGCGUUCAAGAUCUGAAACCUGGUCUGGUUUAGGUUAAGAUGACACACAGGUUCAGCAUCAUAUCAUAUGUAGCUUGUCUGUGAAGGUCUUCCUGGCAGGUGAGGGUUCAGAUAAUGCUUUCACAGAGUCUUUUUGGAGAACAUUUUAAGCGGUGGUUGGUAUUUAUUCAACACUUUUGACUGAGUUGAAGGACUACUGUAUAUUUAAACUGUAAAAGAUCAAAUCCAUUGAUAAAUGAAUUCAUGUGAGACUUCGGUAACACGCUUAAGAUACCUGAAACUGUUUGCAAAUGUAUUUAUAAGUUAAGGCGAAAUGAUGUACACUAAUAUGAUAAAUAUGGUAAAAGUUUAACUUUUGUUUGCUUAACAUGUACUUGUUCAUAUUUACUUACUUAAGGUGGAUUUUGAAGGAGUCUGCACUGCAUACAUGGCAGCUUGUAUACGUUUACAAUUGUCUUAGUAAAUACUGUAAAUAUAAAAAAAUAACUAAAACACUACACUGAAAUGUAUACACUGUAUUUUGCACUUUGUAUUUUUGCAAUUUGUUUUGUUGUAACAAAUUUUCUGUGACUUAAUUUAAAAUUAUAUUGAUCAAAACAAUGUGUAAUCACGGAUGAUUCAUUAAAACGCAUCUUUAUGUAAAUGAC